GAUCACUCGUGUUCAGUGCUAUAUAAUAUUUGUUCAACUUUAUGAAUUAAAGUGGAAAUUUUAAUAUUUUUUAACAGUUAUAAUACGACAUUCGGCCUUUUAUAAAAAUUCCUUGUUUAUAUAAAAUUGUAAAUUAAUUAGUAAUUACCUACAAUGUUGACGGUGGCUCUUGUGCUAGUAUUUCUGUGGUGCGGUAUAUUGGCGUGGCGGCGGAGAAACAGGAAUAAAGAUGAGCCCCCACCGCUCCCGGGCGCUUUGCCACUGAUAGGCCACAUUCACCUUUUAUUUGGAAACAGUUCACAAUUAUGGGAUACAGCGAAAAAGGUGUGCUAUAGUUCCUUGAACGCCGGUGGAGUUAUAUCUGUUAAUAUUGGACCCAGAACAACAUAUCUUGUAACAGACCCAGAAGAUUGUUUGACUAUCGCCAACACAUGUUUGCAAAAGGACGGCUUUUACGACUUUGGAAAACCAUGGUUUGGUGAUGGAUUAAUAACUGCUGAUGUGCAAACAUGGAAAGCACAUCGGAAGCUUCUGAAUCCAGCGUUCAAUCAGAGUAUUCUCGAUGGAUUUAUGGACGUUCUCAACGAGCAAGCUCGUCGUCUGGUCAAGAACCUAGAAGUGGAAGUUGGCAAGGGACCGUUCGAUCAUUUUGCUUAUAUUCUGCUUAAUGUCCUGGAAACCACAUGUCUAACUGUUAUGAAAGUCGAUUUUAGUGACGAGAGCUUGCUGAACAGCGAAUACGUACAUGCCGCAGAGGAUAUGUUCAAAUGCUUGAUAGAGAGGAUCCAGAAGCCCUGGCUGUACAGUGACGCGGUGUUCAACUGGUCCUUCUUGAAGAGGAAGCAGGACGAGUGUCUGAAGAUCUUGCACAAUAUGUCAAACACUGUCCUUAAAAAGAGAAAAGCAGAAUACUUAAAUAAUAAACUUAGCAAAGAGACUAAAGACACGACAAAAGGUCCAAAAUUCCGACCCUUCAUGGACCUUCUCCUUGAACUAGCUAUAGAGAAAGGUGCUUUCAACGACCGGGAGAUCAGGGAACACGUUGACACCAUAUUGUUCGGUGGUCACGACACAUCAGCAAGUGUGCUUAUGUACACGAUGCUGUUAGUUGGAUCCUACCCUGAGGUUCAGCAGAAGAUUUUUAUAGAGUUGCACGAUGUUUUCGGCGACGAAGACAGGGACGUCACGAAGCAAGAUCUGGCACAACUGGUGUACCUGGAGGCUGUGUUGAAGGAAACCAUGCGCAUUUAUCCCAUCGCGCCCUUUAUUACAAGAUAUCUCGAUCAAGACGUUAAACUACGAAACUGCACUCUCUCGAAAGGUCGAACGUGUUUUCUGUCGACCUAUGGAGUCCACAGACACUCCUCGUGGGGUCCAGAUGUUGAGGAAUUCAAGCCAGAACGCUGGCUGGAUCUUGAAACCUUGCCUAAAUGUCCGACUGCGUUUGCUGGCUUUGGUAUGGGAAGGAGAUCAUGUAUAGGAAAAACAUACGCUUUCAUGUCAAUGAAGACAACUCUGGCUCACGUGUUCCGACGCUACAGGGUGUCCGGAAAUCACUUGUUGAUGAUAAGUAAGAUGGACGUCCUACUAAAGCCAGUAUCGGGACAAAUGAGGAAAUAAACAGACGAUCAUGUAUUAUCCUAUUAAUAUUCAAGGUUUAAGUCGGUUUUAUGGUUAUUUUAUUUAAAUUAUGGUUUUAAAC